AUGGUAUCUCGAUGGAAUUAUCAAUGGUUAUUAUUCUAUUUUAUAUUUGGACAAUAUUAUGUAAAAGCCAAUUGGACAUCGUCAAAUGUCUCUGAUUAUCAAAUAUUGGGACUAUUUCAAGAUGAUGUUACUACGAAUUCAUCUAUUCAUUGUCGUGCGAUGUUUAAAGCAGCAGUUUUACUUUCUCAACAAUAUAAUAUAACGAUAGAUGGUCAAUAUAUAGGAUGGGAAUCAUCACAAACCAAUGAAGAUAUUAUGAAUACUUUUCGUAGUACAUGUCAAGCAGUAUCAAAUUCAAAUAUUCUUGGCAUUGUUGGUCCAUCAUUAUCAAGAGAAGCUGAAAUUAUAGCUCCAUUUGGUAAAACAAUUGGUAUUCCUGUUGUAUCAUAUGCUGCAACUGAUCCUGAUCUAUCUGAUCGAAACGAUUAUCCUGCUUUUUAUCGUACAAUUCCUUCGGAUCAAGCAGCUGCAAUAGCAAUUAUGAAAUUAUUUCUUCGAUUUAAUUGGACAUCAUGUUUAAUUAUUCAUCAAAAUGAUGCAUAUGGAUCGAAUGGAGCUAAAGUCAUAAGUAAUGCAUUUGUGAAUAAUAAUUUAACAGUUAAAAGUACAAUCAUAUUUGAUAUAGCAACACAAGAUAUUCAAGGUGAUUUGGAAACAGUAUUAAUGAGUAGUCCAACACGAGUUAUUGUUGUAUGGGCAGAAGCACUUUAUACAUCUUUAAUUUUACAAAAAGCACUUGAUGCAAAUGUACUUGGUUCACAAUUUACAUGGAUAUUAAGUACAAGUAUUUCAUUAACAUCUUUUAAUCAAACAGAUCGAGAAAACUUAAUUGGAAUACUUACUGUUGAACCUGUUACAGCAAGUAUUGUGAAUGCACCAAUAAAUACAACAUUAUUACAUGCCGCUUAUGAACUUUGGCAAAAAUAUGAACCAGAAACAUUUCCUGGAUCAGCAAAUGUUGAUUAUUAUGCAUUAUUUGCAUUUGAUGCAGCCUGGUUAUUAAUUCAAUCAUUACAACAACUUUGUUCUAUAAUUGAAAAUAAUUCUUCUUCAUGUUUAUCAUUUAAUGAAUCAUCAUUUUGUUUUGAUCAUCAUUUUAUUAAUUCAGAUUUAUUAUUGAAUAUUAUGAGUACAACAAAAUUUCUUGGUGUAUCGGGUCUAAUAGAAUUUAAUAAUAACUCAACGGAUCGAAUAAAUGGUUCAUAUUAUUAUGUACAAAAUAUUCAAUCUGGUAUAGAUUUUACUCCUGUAUUAGAAUAUGUUGAUACUGGUGAAUGGCAAACAUAUACAGGAGCAAAUGUUAUUAUAUGGCCAGGAAAUUCCUUAAUCAUUCCAACGGAUCGAGCAUCACUCCAAGGUGUAACUUUACGAAUAGCUAUACUUCAAGAAACUCCAUUGACAAUAGUUACAAAUAAUAUCGAUGCGUCAGGAAAUACGACAAUGACAUUUACUGGCUAUAUGCCUGAUUUAAUUGAACUUUUACGAGUAAACAUGGGUUUUAUUCCAGAUAUUCAAUUAACACCAUCAAAUCUAACCUAUGAUCAAGUUAUUGAAGCAGUAGCAAAUGGAAUUUAUGAUAUAUUUGUUGGUGAUAUGACAAUUACUAAUGAACGUUUAGAAAUAGUCGAUUUUUCUACUUCAAUAUCUGAUAAUUCAUUACGUGUUAUGAUACCAAUUACAUCUAGUACGAAUAUUGAUCUUUUAUCUUAUUUAAAACCAUUUUCAUACAAUCUUUGGCUAAUCAUUUUAGUAGCUACAAUUUAUGCUGGUAUUUUACUUUAUUUCUUAGAAAGAUCAGAAAAUGAAACGUUACAACAAAAAACAGUAAUUUCUGCAAUUGCAAUGAGUACAUGGUUUUCAUUUGGUAAUAUUGUUGGAUAUGGUGUAGAUUUCACUGCUAAAACACCAGCUGGACGAUUAUUAACUAUUGGUUUAUAUAUUCUAAGUUUAGUAUUAGUUGCAUCAUAUACAGCUAAUUUAGCAUCAGAUUUAACAAUAUCAAAAUCAACAGAUAUUAUUUCUGGUAUUGAUGAUAUUAAAAAUGGAAAAAUUUCAUUUAGUCGAAUAGGAAUUAUUGUUGGUACAUCGUAUGAAGAUUAUUAUCUAAGAGAUAUAUCAGGAGGAAUUUCAAAUUUUUAUCCAUUAGAAAAUAAUGACCAAAUGUAUAGUGCUUUUUUUGAAGGUAAAAUUGAUGCAGCUAUAAUAGAUGAUAGUUAUGCUGAAUAUGUUACGAAUAAUAUAUAUUGUAAUUUAACUUUGGUUGGUGCAGGUUUUGAUAAAAGUAAUUGUGGUAUUGUUGUUGCUAAAGGAUGGUUAUAUUUACAGGAUUUAAAUCUUAAUAUAUUAUCAUUAAAAGAAGCAGGUAAUCUUGAUGAUUUAGAAUCAACAUGGUUUGGAUCAUCGACAUGCUCUGCCGUUAGUGAAACAACAACAGCAAUGGGAAUUGAUUCAAUGGGUGGAUUAUUUCUUACUUUUCUAAUUAUUACUAUUUUAUCAUUAUUAUUAUUUCUAUGGAACAAAAUAUAUGUUAUUAGACAUAAGCUAUUUAGAUUAUGUGAUCGAAAUAAAUAA